AUCCCGUUGGUGUUCCGCCUGUGGAAAACCGACAGUUGGAACGUUUACUCUUCACCGUGCUCCCAUCCGUUGGUAGUGUCCGUUAGCGGCCAUAUCUACUAUAACCGCAUUCAUUCAUUUUUAGACGCACUGUUAUUUUUUUUUUUUUCCUUUAACCAAAAGGCGGCUGUUGAGUGGGAAAGCCGUGAGCAUCUCGUUGUUUCGUUACCCUCUCGGACGUUUGUCGGUUUAUGCCUCGGUGAGUGUCCGUUGAAGGCUGGGUGGUAACAGUUCGGCUUCACGAUGAUCGAGCGACCAGAGACCGCGGUUCCCAGUAUCGCUCAGCGGAACCUAGAGGGCUACGUGGGCUUUGCCAACCUCCCCAACCAGGUGUAUCGGAAGUCUGUCAAAAGAGGGUUUGAGUUCACAUUAAUGGUUGUAGGUGAGUCUGGUCUCGGGAAAUCGACUCUCAUCAACUCCCUGUUCCUGACUGACCUCUACUCUAAGGACUACCCUGGCCCCUCCCACAGGAUUAAAAAGACUGUUCAAGUGGAACAGAGUAAAGUUUUGAUAAAAGAGGGAGGGGUCCAACUGACCCUAACCAUCGUGGACACACCAGGGUUCGGUGAUGCGGUUGACAACAGCAACUGCUGGCAGCCUGUCAUUAAUUACAUUGACAGCAAAUGCGAGGACUUCCUGAACGCUGAGUCAAGGGUCAACCGCAGGUCCAUGCCGGACAACAGAGUCCACUGUUGUCUAUAUUUUAUAGCGCCGUCUGGACACGGCCUAAAACCUCUUGAUAUAGAAUUUAUGAAGAGGCUACAUGACAAGGUAAAUGUCAUACCACUCAUCGCAAAGGCUGACACACUCACCCCAGAGGAGUGCCAUCUCUUUAAAAAACAGAUCAUGAAAGAAAUUCAAGAACACAAGAUUAAAAUCUACGAGUUUCCUGAUGUAGACGAGGAUGAGGACAAUAAGCUGGUCCGGAAGAUCAAGGAAAAAAUGCCGCUGGCAGUCGUUGGCAGCAAUGUCGUUAUCGAAGUGAACGGCAAGAAGGUCAGAGGUCGUCAGUACCCAUGGGGUGUGGCAGAAGAGGGCAUUUUUGUCGAGAAUGGGGAACACUGCGACUUCACUGUGCUGCGCAACAUGCUGAUCAGGACCCAUAUGCAGGAUCUGAAGGACGUCACCAACAACGUCCACUACGAGAACUACCGCAGUAAGAAACUUGCUGCUGUCACGUGUAACGGUGUGGACACCUCCAAGACCAAGGGACAGCUCACCAAGAGUCCCCUGGCUCAGAUGGAGGAGGAGCGCCGGGAGCAUGUGAUGAAAAUGAAGAAGAUGGAGGCAGAAAUGGAACAGGUGUUUGAGAUGAAGGUUAAGGAGAAGAAGCAGAAACUGAAGGACUCAGAGGCUGAGCUGGAGCGACGCCAUGAGCAAAUGAAGAGGAACCUGGAGGCGCAGUACAAAGAGCUGGAGGAGAAGAGGCGAGUGUUCGAGGAGGAGAAGGCCAACUGGGAGGCUCAGCAGAGAAUCCUCGAGCAGCAGAAGCUGGACGCCUCCAAGACGAUGGAGAAGAACAAGAAGAAAGGAAAGAUCUUCUGAAGAGAGACGACUGCUCGCUCCAGUUUUACAAACUUGUUUCCUUUGAUCCUGUCUGAAGUUCACAUUGUAACGUGGUCCUCAGAACACAACAGAACAUAACACAUGGCAUAACAACUCUCUGUGGAAGCCAUUUACACACACACACACACGCACACACACGCACACACACGCACACGCAAACACACGCACACGCACACGCAAACACACGCACACACACACGCAAACACACACACACACACGCAAACACACACACACACGCGCAAACACACACACACACACACACACACAACAGCUCACACGCUCGUCUCUCUGCAGGGUUUUACUGUAUCUCUUAAAACCUGUCUGUUUCCAUGGGGAAUGCAUGUGUUUGUGAAAUUCUAUUUUCCUAUAUUUCCUGACAAGGAGAAGUUCGAGUUCCUCUGAGUUUUCAGUGCGGUGUUAACACAUGGCAGGGACCAUGCAUGGCCAUCGUUCACAUGUAGUAGUUGUAUGUUCGCUAAGUAUUCAUAGAUCUGCAGAUAUACCAACUCUUUCUUUUAAUGUUCUAAAGAUUUAACAGGCGUGUGCACACUAAAGCUGUGAGGAGAAGGUAAAGUGUACGUGAGGGAAGGCAACUGAAUGACUCUGGGUCUGAGGAGAGCGGUCAGGUGGAGCUGAGGCCCGGUCUCACCGCAAACUGGCAAAAAGUAAACUGAUAAUGCCUGAAAACGUCCCGGUAGCGUUUCACUGAAAUGCAGGAUCGUUCUCAUGUGCCGUUCAGAGAGUUUGGAGGUGGACUGUGAUUCUUAGGUACCUGUUAACAUUAGUAGCUGUUUAAAAUGGAGCGUGAUCACAACACAUCUUCAUCUCCCAUCACUAAAUACAUGUUUUAAAUAAUAUUUUAGUAAAAGUGCUUCUCAGAUUUUUCUCAUUAGCAAAUUCAGCCCUGCAAUAAAAAUUACUUUGUCCAAUUAAAAAAAAAAAAAAAAUCUUAGAAUAAAAGUGUAGUUUUUUUAGCUUUUAAGUAAAAAUAAAAGGAUGCAGAGUUGGUUUACAUUCCAGAGCUCGUUCACUUGUUAGCAAUUACAUCUUUUAAGUUAAAGAACUUUCUCUCGUCAGACACACAAAACAAGCAAAAAACACAUUUUUAACAUUAGCAAUGUAGAAAUUACAAAUGAAAACUAAUCUAUUAAAAUUUGCCUCCUGUACUUUGAAUGGCUUUGUUAGCAAAUACACUUUUCUCCUGUUCCAAAUGUAUCUUUUAAUACUUAUUGUUUUCUUGUAAGUCACCUGGAAAAAAGUCAUUUUGAGGUCAUUUAGCAGUGUUAUUAUAUUCAAUGACUUACAAACAUAAAGUGUCCUCUCCUUUGUGACCGAAAACUUAAAUAUCUGUUGACAGCUUCCUAGCAAAAACUGCUCUCUAUUUUGGACUCUGUACCUUCAAAAUUUUAGUGUCCAGGCUCACUGGUACAAAUACAGAGAAUUAUUUUGAAAGAUUUGCCAGAUUUGUGGCUGUUGGUGGACCGGGCCUUCAGAUGGGAUCGUGCUGUAGGAGUUUCUUUACUAAAUGUUUUGUCUGAGGACGUGCUCGGAUCUAAAGCUUGCAGACUGGAGGGGAGGAAGCAUGUGUGUCACAGCAGCCAAGAUAUUGUCAUUGCAGUGUGUGUGUGUGUGUGUUAACAAUUUUUGAAUAAAUGACAAUAUGCAAAAAGCCUGAUCGGUGUCUGAAAACUUUACAGGUUACAGUGCUAAUAAAGAUGUUUUAUAUUGUAACGUGAGUGAUGGAUGUUGUCUUAGACCCGAAACCCUGAUGUUCACAUUUCUGUGACAUUUUUCCUUUUGGGUCCAACCACCAAAGGGACGACUUAUCAGAAAGCUGAAAUCUUCCUUUCACCUUCCUUUUAAGAAGACGUUUGCCAAAAACAGCCAAAACUUUGUUUGGCUUUAUUUUAGAGGAUUAUAUUUGUAUAUGUUCCAAACAGCUUGUGCACGCAACAAAACGCCAGCCCUCUCUUAAACUGUUAAACAGGUUAUAUAGAUGACAUGUUCAGGAGCUUUCCCAGAGUUGUCAUGUUUUAUUUUCAUAUGACGAUUAUAUUAAUAAUACUCUAUGUACGGUUGAAGAAAGACUCUUUAAUUCCCUUGUAGUUUUCUUAAAUGUUUUAGUGUGGCGGGCGUGGUCCUGCAUGGCAUCCGCAGUCAUGAGUCAUGCUCCGUCCGCUUAAAAUCUGUACUGGGUCUUGUGAUUGGAGUUGUUGAUCUGGCAGCAGGAGAGCUGCAGCUGUGUCUUUGUAACAGCAACCAUGCGUUUGAUAAGUAAUAAAGUAUGCUGCAAAGCAUGUUCAUGUCGUCGGUUCUGCCGUGGUCAUUUACAUUUAGAUUACUGUAUUUUUCACACUAUAAGGCGCACUUAAAAUCCUUUAAUUUUCUCAAAAAUCGACAGUGCACCUUAUAAUCCAGUGAAUUCUGGUUGUGCUUGCUGACCUCGAACCGAUUUUAUGUGGUACACAGCGCUCAAAUAUCUGUCAAAACAUGUUUUAGUAGGACUUCGGUAAGCUGCGAACCACACCGUUUAAUGGAUUGUCAGAGCAUUAGAGCUACUGUAGUCAGGAGCCUCGCAGAGUAAUCUGGGUCCUAAACUCUGUCCUGUUCAGGUCCUAAAGUCAAACAAACACUGCAGCAUCACUGAGAGUUAAAACAGCCUAAAUUCUUUCAUCUUUAAUAAAUUAAUGACCAGGUGUAACAAUUAAGUUUAACAUCCAGGCAUCCAUGAAAACAGAAUUUAUUAAAUUUACCAGCGUUAGAUAUUAGCAGGAAAUUAGCUCACUAGCUUCCACCUAAACCUAAAAUACCAUGUUCUGACUGAGAGAUUUCUGAAAAAUUCAAACGUACAGCUCUGCUAUCACUUCCAACGUAAAUAAAGACAGAAAACUAAACAGCAGUGACGUUUGUAGGGUUACUGAAGUUGGACUAGCUCGUAUAUAAUGAUGUGCUAUGUGAUCGCUAGCGACACAGCUAUCUUAGCGUAACAUAAGCACAGUGAAGCUGGAGGAUGAAUGCUUUUUUCCACUCGAUAAAAGUUAUCCUAAGGGUUCGCGAUGGUUAGGGACAAAUGCAAUCGCAUGGCAGGAUGCUUUAAACUUCCAAACUUCAGUCAGGAGAGGCACCUUAUAAUCCGGUGCACCUUACCUGUUCAUCGACAGUGCGCUUUAUAGUUCAGAGUGCGCCUUUUGGUCCGAAAAAAACUAGUUUCAUUUAGAGCAAAAGGGACGAAGCUUACACUUAAGCAUACUUCAUAUUACCCGUAUGGAUUUGUUUAUGAUGGUAAUGCAUAUAUAUUGUGUACAUACUGGAGGCUCCUCAGUGGCGCUUUUUUCUCUUUGUUUGUAUUUGGUUAUUCUGUUUUUUAUAUAUAAAUAUAUGUCUGGAAUGAACCACAAUUUUUACUUAGAACAGAACUUGAAGUGUAAAACUCGCCCUAGAAACAUUUCCAUACAUCUAUAUGAUCGCAUAGAAACUGUAUGCAUCUUUGCCAAUGAGCGCGCCUUCUCAGGACCCUUCUGUUUAAUUCUCUGGUCCUACAAGAUGGAAUUUUACUUUGAAAUGCUUGGGAACCACCCACCCAUCAAAUAACAUGUUCGAUACUUUUUUUUUUCUUAUUUUUUGUAAUAUUUUCUUUAUGUAUAUUUACAUAUACACAUAGUUUUCUACUUCAUUUUGUUUUCUCAUGUGUUCUGUCUCUAACUGUACAUGGUUAAUAUUAAAGUUGAAAAAUUUAUGCUAGAA